AUGUCGGAGGAGAUUGACAAGCACGUGCUGAAGAAAUAUGAAGUUCAACAGCGGCUGGGGAAAGGGGCGUAUGGCAUCGUGUGGAAGGCCAUUGACAAGAAGACCAAGGAGACCGUAGCGCUAAAGAAGAUUUUCGAUGCGUUCCAGAAUGCCACUGAUGCGCAGCGCACGUUUAGGGAGAUCAUGUUCCUCCAAGAAAUGAACAACCACGAGAACAUCAUCAGGCUACUCAACGUGCUGAAGGCAGACAACGACCGGGACAUCUACCUGGUGUUUGAGUACAUGGAGACCGACCUGCAUGCCGUCAUCCGCGCCAACAUCCUGGAGGAGGUGCACAAGCAGUACAUCAUGUACCAGAUCUUUCGCUCCCUCAAGUUCAUGCACUCCGCGCAGCUGCUGCACCGCGACAUCAAGGUGCUGAUGGGCUGGGAGGGCAGCAGCCAGGAGCAGGCAGGGCCCAGCAACGUGCUUCUGAACAGCGAGUGCCAGGUGAAGAUGGCGGACUUUGGGCUGGCGCGGUCGGUAGCGCAGCUGCAGACGGAGGAGGGCAACCCGGUGCUGACCGACUAUGUGGCCACCCGGUGGUACCGCGCCCCCGAGAUCCUGCUCUCCUCGCACCGCUACACCUACGGAGUGGACAUGUGGGCCUGUGGCUGCAUUCUGGGGGAGCUGAUCAAUGGCAAGCCCAUUUUCCCGGGCACGUCCACCAUGAACCAGCUUGACCGCAUUCUGGAGGUGACGGGGCGGCCCAGCCCGCAGGACAUCGACUCCAUACAGUCGCCUUUUGCAGCCACGAUGCUGGAGUCAAUGCGAGCGCCGCCUACGCCGCGUCUGGAGGCCACCUUUCCUUCCGCCUCGCCUGAGGCGCUGGACCUGCUGCAGCGCCUGCUGCACUUCAACCCUGACAAGCGCAUCUCGCCGGAGGAGGCGCUGCGGCACCCCUACUGUGCGCAGUUCCACAACCCCCACGACGAGCCCGUGGCGCCCGCCACCAUCACCAUCCCCAUCGACGACAACACCAAGUACUCCAUCAGCGAGUACCGGGACCGGCUGUACCUGGAGAUUGUGAAGCGCAAGAAGGAGUUGCGCAAGGCGCAGAAGGAGCGGGAAGCGGCCAAGGCGGCUUCGCGGUCAAAGAGCCGCAGCUCUGCAUACCAAAGCGGCGCGGCCUCGGCAGGGGCCUAUGGCGGCAGCGCCGCCGCAUAUGCCGCUGCACAUGUGCGGCACUGACCGGCAGGUUCAGUCAGGCCACUCCGCCAUUCUGCGACGUUGUGACCAAGUGACCCUUUCUCCAAAGCUCUUUUCUUUUACAUUCUCACGAUCGCUUUCCCUUUGAUUUCCUCAGUUGAUCUCUGCCCCCGCUGCGUGAUCCACUGCCUUCACGUGAACAGCUGCUGCACUGCUGCAACCUGCUCCUCCGCCUGUGCCAGCUCCUCGCUGCCCGACAAGCUGCUGCCCAGCUCCUCCUGCAGCAGGCAGUCAGGGGAGGGACAGCCUGCUGGGUGGGCUGCAGCUGCGGUGAUGGAGUGCCAUGCAUGCUGUACGCUCAGCACUGCCAGCACUGCUACUACUGUAACAUACAGCCAGGC